GGCGUUGGAAUUUAGCUAGUGCUUGUGAGAAGUAGAAAUAUGGGGAGGUUCGUCCUUUGUGCGACACUGUUGUUUUUCCUAAGGUGGAGCGUACCAUUGUUGCAGCAGAUCUGCAUAUCUCAUAUACUUUUGCACCUUGUUAUCCUUGAUUACUAUCCUUGAAUGCUUAUUUGAGCCUUGGGAAACAGCCCUCCAAUCCGACCAGAUGCGGCAUUCCAAAAGAGCUCACUGUCCUGACUGGUAUAGCAGGGAAAGCUGGGGACUUGAAAGCUACAGUGGAAGUCAUAAACGGAAGAGGAAGUCCAACAGUAGUACACAGGAGAACAGACAUUGUAAACCACAUCACCAAUUUAAAGUAUCUGAUUGGAUUAUUUUAGCUGAUUUGUCUGACUGGGCAAGUGUCCCCUCUCUCCCUAAGUGCUCCAUGUGCGUCCCUCUUGAAGCUUCGCACUUUGUUGAAGAGGACACUCAUCCCAGUCAUUAUUUAGAAGCAAGGUCCUUGAAUGAGGGAGAAUAUCAGGAUCGGAGGUACAUUGAAGAAUACAGAAAUGACAACUGCGAAGGAUAUAUUCAUAGACAUUAUCACAGAGACUUUGAAAAUUAUCGAAUACACUGCAGUAAAUCUUCAGUCCAUAGCAGGAGAAGCAGUCCUAAAAGGAAGCGUAAUAGGCACUGUUCAAGUCAUCAGUCACGUUCGAAGAGCCACCGAAGGAAAAGAUCCAGGAGUAUAGAGGAUGAUGAGGAGGGUCACCUGAUCUGUCAAAGUGGAGACGUUCUAAGAGCAAGAUAUGAAAUUGUGGACACUUUGGGUGAAGGGGCCUUUGGCAAAGUUGUAGAGUGCAUUGAUCAUGUCAUGGAUGGCAUGCGUGUAGCAGUAAAAAUCAUAAAAAAUGUAGGUCGAUACCGUGAAGCAGCUCGUUCAGAGAUCCAAGUAUUGGAGCACUUAAAUAGUACUGAUCCCAAUAGUAUCUUCUGCUGUGUCCAGAUGCUAGAAUGGUUUGAUCAUCAUGGUCAUGUUUGUAUUGUCUUCGAACUGCUGGGACUUAGUACCUAUGAUUUCAUUAAAGAAAAUAGCUUUCUGCCCUUCCAAAUUGGCCACAUCAGGCAGAUGGCAUUUCAGAUCUGCCAGUCAAUAAAUUUUUUGCAUCAUAAUAAAUUAACUCAUACAGAUCUGAAGCCUGAAAAUAUUUUAUUUGUGCAGUCUGACUAUGUAGUCAAAUAUAAUUCUAAAAUGAAACGUGAUGAACGCACUUUGAAAAACACAGAUAUCAAAGUUGUUGACUUUGGAAGUGCAACAUAUGAUGACGAACAUCAUAGUACUUUGGUGUCUACACGGCAUUACAGAGCUCCAGAGGUCAUUUUGGCUUUAGGUUGGUCUCAGCCUUGUGAUGUUUGGAGCAUCGGUUGCAUUCUUAUUGAAUAUUACCUUGGUUUCACAGUCUUCCAGACUCAUGAUAGUAAAGAACACCUAGCAAUGAUGGAACGAAUAUUAGGACCCAUUCCAACCCACAUGAUUCAGAAAACAAGAAAACGCAAGUAUUUUCACCAUAACCAGCUAGAUUGGGACGAACAUAGUUCUGCUGGUAGAUAUGUUAGGAGACGCUGCAAACCAUUAAAGGAAUUUAUGCUUUGUCAUGAUGAAGAACAUGAGAAACUGUUUGACCUGGUUCGAAGAAUGUUGGAGUAUGAUCCAGUGAAAAGAAUUACCUUGGAUGAAGCUUUGCAGCAUCCUUUCUUUGACUUAUUAAAAAACAAGUGAAAUGGAAAUCUGUGGUCUUACUAUAUACUUCUCUAGAAGAGAUUCCUUAAGACUGUGUCAGUCAACUCUAAACAUUGUUAUUUUUGUAAACAUUAAAUUAUUUUGUACAGUUAAGUGUAAAUACUGUAUAUUUUGUAUCAGCAUAAUUAUCUUGUUAAGCAAGUAUGGUCUUAAUAAUGAAUGAAAUAUAAAUGUUAAAAUUAGUUUUCCUUUUUGAGAUUAAUUACCAUUUUUAAAGACCUUUGGAAUAUCCUUUUGUGUCCAAUGAUGUGACUGAUCUUGUCUUUUUUGUACAUGGAAGUCAACUCUUUGAAGUGAUUUUUUGAGUAAAAGGAUAUCUUGACUACUUUA